GGCAGGGAGGCGCGGGGGCGCGCGGCGAGUCACCCCUGCGGCCCGGGGGAGAAGAGCCCGCCCGACAGGAAAGUUUAUAUGGACUAUAAUGCAACCACCCCCCUUGAGCCAGAAGUCAUCCAGGCCAUGACCGAGGCCAUGAGGGAAGCCUGGGGAAAUCCCAGCAGUCCUUACCCAGCAGCGUGAUCUUAAGCAAAUUAUUUCAUCCCUUCACCCUCCUGUCUUGAUGAAUGGGGAGCAAGGCAGAUGGCCACAGCUUCCCCUCUCCUGUAGCAUCCGGUAGGAAAGCCAAGGACAUUAUUGACACAGCUCGGGAGAACAUUGCGAAGAUGAUAGGUGGGAAACCUCAGGAUAUAAUCUUCACUUCUGGAGGCACCGAGUCCAACAACUUAGUGAUCCACUCGGUGGUGAAACAUUUCCAUCUAACACAUGCAUCAGAGGGGACCCGGGCCGAGCCGAGCGGCCCCCUGGCGGGGGCCGUACCCCACCUUAUCACCUGCACCGUGGAACACGACUCCAUCCGCCUGCCCCUGGAGCACCUGCUGGAGGAGCAAGUGGCUGUAGCAAAGACAUGGAAGCAACCCAAGUGCCCACUGAUAGAUGGAAGAAAACAGGCGGUCACCUUUGUGCCAGUGUCCAAGGUGAAUGGGCAGGUGGAAGUCGAGGACAUCCUGGCAGCUGUCCGCCCAGCCACCUGCCUUGUGACUAUUAUGCUGGCCAAUAACGAGACUGGCGUCAUCAUGCCCAUCUCUGAAAUCAGUCAGCGAAUUAAAGCCCUGAACCAGAAGCGUGCUGCUUCUGGGCUGCCGGUCAUUCUGCUGCACACAGACGCUGCGCAGGCCCUGGGGAAACAGCGCGUGGAUGUGGAGGACCUGGGCGUGGACUUGCUGACCAUCGUGGGGCACAAGUUCUAUGGUCCCAGGAUUGGAGCACUUUACAUCCGAGGGCUUGGUGAACUUACUCCUCUGUACCCUAUGCUGUUUGGAGGUGGACAAGAACGGAAUUUCAGGCCAGGGACGGAGAACACCCCGAUGAUUGCUGGCCUUGGAAAGGCCGCUGAGCUGGUGACCAAGAACUGCGAGGCUUACGAGGCCCACAUGAGAGAUGUUCGUGACUACCUGGAGGAGCGGCUGGAGGCUGAAUUUGAUAAGCAGAGAAUCCAUCUGAACAGCCGAUUUCCAGGGACCGAGCGACUCCCCAACACGUGCAACUUUUCCAUCCGGGGACCCCAGCUCCAAGGCCGCCUGGUGCUAGCGCAGUGCAGGACGCUGCUGGCCAGUGUGGGGGCCGCGUGCCACUCGGACCAUGCAGAUCGGCCAUCCCCGGUGCUGCUGAGCUGUGGCAUCCCCUUCGACGUGGCCCGGAACGCACUCCGGCUCAGCGUGGGCCGCAGCACCACCAGGGCCGACGUGGACGUCGUCGUGCGGGACCUGAAGCAGGCCGUGGCGCGGCUGGAGGGCCAGGCCUAGCGCCAAGGGCGCCUCACGGAAGGCCUUCCGAGGGCUGCGCCAGGAUGGCUCUCUUCUUGAGUUGCCCGAGUCUCAGUUUUGUACCCGCAAGUGCUUAGAGGGCCGGGUGGGGGGCGGUCACCGCUGCCCGUGGCGCAGGUUGGAGUGCCGAGUCAGUGUCCCCCCGGGAAGUGGGGUGACCUGCUGUGUGUGCCACCCUCCCGGAAGGUGGCGUUUUUAUCCUGAAGACAAAAUGCUACUGUUGACAAAUGACUGUCAGCUGCUGCCAUGGAAAUAGGAAACCUGACUUUGCUGCCACCGUGGCCCCCCGCCUGCCCGUGUGCUGCGUGCUCUUGCUCCCCGCCCUUCUCAAGCCCUUCCUCGGCCGGGGGCCACUGAGGUCACGAGGUCAGGCCCCCGCUCCCUGCUCCGCGCCCCCCUCCCAGGGCCGUCCUCGCUCAGCCUGCCCCGGCCACCUAGAGCCACCAGGCCCCGCCCGCCUUUUCCUUUUGGUCAGACUCAGGGCUCCGGCUCGGCCGUGGAGUCACGGGCGGCUGGGCGUAGGGGACACCGGGUCGUCCCUGCGGCAGGAGAUCACCUCACCCCUGACCCCGCUGGCGUCACGAUGUCCACAGACGGAUUCCCCCGUCUUCACGAGUGCUCUGUGGCGUUCUGAUCCACCUCGGAUGGAGACACGUACCAUAGGAAUGAUUUCUUAACUGCCGAACAUUUUUCAUGUGUGGUUUUAAGUGCAAAGAACUACAUGGUGAUGUUGAGGAAAUGAUCGUCAGAAAUGAAAUGAACUAAUAAAAUAUUCCAGGGCUGGUCUUAGA